AGGCUCCUUCCUCCUUCCCCUUUGGUUUGGCGCAUAUUUAUUUCCAGCUGGCCAGGAAAAUAUUACAUACAACAAUUAUUAAGUUUUCAAAGUUUUUGUUAAUUGAUUUUCCUCAGAUCAAAAUGGAAAACAAAAUAAGUGAGCUCACCAACGAAAAGAAGUUGAAACUUGCUCUGGUGCUCGAGGUACGUAAAGUGAUUGAAGAGGUCAGCGAAAACAUGAAGUUCACCUUCACGAAAGAGUCAAUGAACCUCAUCACAGAGUUGGUGUGGAAGAAAAUGCAAGCGGCUGGCAGUGACGUCGAAGCUUUUUCCAAGCAUGCCAAAAGAACCACUGUCAACCCUGAAGACGUGAAGCUUCUUGCUCGAAGAAAUCCAAUUUUGAAAAAUUACUUGGCCGAGAUGGCGGACGAGUUGAAAUCAAAGAAAGAACCGAGGAAGAAGAGCAAAAAGGAAUUAGCGAGUAAACUUCCAAAGGAUGACAUAGAACAAGAAAUGGAAGUUGUUGUUCCAGAGAACCAACCUGGACCAUCAAGAAAUGAGCAGAAGAAUGAACCAGAAAAGAUUGAUUUUGAUGAUGACUUUGGGCUUACCGAAAGCUCUCCGAUUUAUAUCUCUGACUAGGGAUGUGUUAAAAAAAAUUAUGCAUAUUGUAAAUUUGUGAUUUUGUAUAUUUGUAUAAGAAGACUGAAAAUCUAAAUAUUUUCUGAACAAUUACAGACAAAUAUUGUAUAAAUAUUUUUUCAGAGAAGAUUAAAUAUAAAAA